UUGGUGUCUGAAUGAGAUAUUGUAUUUUCCCAUUUUUUUUAAUCAAUUCAAGCUGAAUUAAAAUGAUUCAUGAGCUGUUGCUAGCGUUAAGCGGAUACCCGGGGACCAUUUUCACAUGGAACAAACGCACUGGUUUGCAGGUGUCCCAGGACCUGCCUUUCCUUCACCCCAGUGAGACCAGUGUCCUCAACCGGAUCUGUAAACUGGGCUCAGAUUACAUACGCUUUACAGAGUUCAUAGAACAACACACUGGCCAUGUGCAUCAACAAGAACAUCACACAAACCAGCCCAACCAGACUGGACUUCAUGGAAUUUACUUGCGGGCUUUCUGCACAGGGCUGGACUCUAUGCUGCAGCCGUACAGACAGACCCUGCUGGACCUUGAACAAGAGUUCCUUGGAGAUCCACAUCUGACAAUAUCCCAUGUGAAUUAUAAGCUUGACCAGUUCCAGUUGUUGUUUCCCUCAGUGAUGGUGGUGGUAGAAACUAUAAAAUCACAGAAGAUCCAUGGCUGUCAGAUCCUGGAGACGGUGUACAAGCACAGCUGUGGGGGUCUUCCUCCUGUACGCAUGGCCUUAGAGAAGAUUCUUGCAGUGUGCCACGGUGUGAUGUACAAGCAGCUGGCAGCUUGGAUGUUGCACGGGUUGCUGCUGGACCAAAGCGAGGAGUUUUUCGUGAAACAGGGGCCCAGCGCUGGAGGAGCUGCUGCCAACCAGGAGGAGGAGGAGGAGGACCUGGGACUGGGAGGCCUGAGCGGGAAACAGCUCAGAGAACUACAGGACCUGAGGCUGAUUGAGGAGGAGAACAUGCUGGCUCCAUCUCUGCAGCAGUUCUCCCUGCGAACAGAGAUGUUGCCUUCUUACAUUCCCAUCCGUGUUGCUGAGAAGAUCCUUUUUGUGGGAGAGUCUGUCCAGAUGUUUGAAAACCACAACCACAGCCCAUCUCGAGCUGGCUCCAUACUGAAGCAUCAGGAGGACAUAUUUGCUGCUGAGCUGCACAAACUCAAACAGCAGCCUCUUUUCAGCCUGGUGGAUUUUGAAAACCUCAUCGAUCGCAUCAGGAGCACAGUGGCGGAGCAUCUCUGGACUUUGAUGGUGGAGGAGUCAGAUCUGCUUGAACAGCUCAAGAUCAUUAAAGAUUUCUACUUGCUGGGUCGUGGGGAGCUCUACCAGGUUUUUAUUGACCUUGCCCAGCACAUGCUGAAGACGCCCCCAACAGCCGUCACUGAGCACGAUGUAAAUGUGGCGUUUCAGCAGGCAGCUCAUAAGGUGCUACUGGACGACGACAACCUCCUGCCUCUGCUGCACCUCACUGUGGACUACCAGGGCAAAGACAACAAAGAGGGGUCAGGCCCCAGAGACGGAGCCACGCCCCCACAGGACACCUCCCCUCGUGAGAUCCCUCCCACAGGCUGGGCGGCUCUCGGCCUCACCUACAAGGUCCAGUGGCCGCUGCACAUCCUCUUCACCCCUGCUGUCUUGGAGAAGUACAACGUGGUGUUCAGGUACCUGCUGAGCGUGCGGCGGGUGCAGUCGCAGCUGCAGCACUGCUGGGCUCUACAGAUGCAGAGGAAACACCUCAAGUCCAGCCAGACAGAUGCUGUUAAGUGGAGACUACGCAACCACAUGGCGUUCUUGAUCGACAACCUGCAGUACUACUUACAGGUGGACGUCCUGGAGUCUCAGUUCUCUCAGCUGCUUCAGCUGAUCAACUCCACCAGAGACUUUGAGAGCAUCAGACUGGCCCACGACCAUUUCCUCAGUAACCUGCUCGCCCAGUCCUUCAUCCUCCUCAAGCCGGUGUUCCACUGUCUGAAUGAGAUCCUGGAGCUGUGCCAUAACUUCUGCUCACUGGUCAGUCAGACUGUGGCUUCUCUAGAUGAGAGGGGGACGGCUCAGCUUGACAUCCUGGUCAAGGGCUUCAGACGGCAAUCGUCCUUACUGUUCAAAAUCCUGUCAAGUGUGAGGAAUCAUCAGAUAAACUCUGACCUGGCUCAGCUGUUACUGCGACUGGACUACAACAAGUACUACACACAGGCUGGAGGCACCCUGGGCAGCGUUUAAAAGCAAAAAGGAUCAAGGUUUGGAGAUGAGUCAUCUGUGCCGAACUUUCACACUGGACAGAAGAAAAUAUUGUACAUAACUCCCUCCAGUCUUCUCCGUGUUAAUGUGGCAUGUCUGUUAAAAUUAUCUUUAGAAGGAUCAGUUCAUCCAAAAUUAUGAAAUCAUAUUUCCUCACUCUCUUCUAGUGGCAUCGGGCUGUGCAUCCUUUUUAUUUUAGAUGAUCAAACAUCACCUCAAUACAACAGGAGGAAGAAGAGAGAACAGCCAGAAUUAGAUUAAAAAAAAAAGACAAAAAUCUUCAGAGGUCAUGACCUCUCACUGUGAACAGAUGUCAUUGGGAUUCUUUUUCCCAGUGUUACUUAGUUGUUGUGACAUCUGUUCACAGUGAGGUCUUUGGAUUAUCAAAGCUAACUUUCUGUAAGGCUUUAUUAAGCCUUAAAAACUGAACCAAGCUUGAGCAUAAAAUCUCAUUUCAAUCCAAGGUUUAAAACUUCUCUGUACAUUAAAUUAAUUGUUUGUGGAAUAGAUUAAUCACAGGAAUAAUUUUUUAUUUAUUUAUUUAUUUUGCUUUGCAGCUGAGACUUCUGUUAAAUAUGAAGCUGACUCAGCAACAAAGCAAAUAAGCGCAUUUCCUAAAAUGUUGAACUCAGGCUGAAUUUAUUUAAACCUGCUUCAUGAAACAAACUUCAGCUGCUGUUGAAUUUUUAAAUGUCAUUUUUCAGUGCCGCGAGCAAACGAAAUUCCACUCACCUCCACUGCUGUGUGAUGAGGCAGAAAACACUUUUGUAAAGUGAAAUCCCACGAGGAUCAUGGGGGAAAUGUUUUUGUAGUUUGGAUGAUCUGAUCUUUUGACUCCAUGCUUCUUUGUAUAAACUGUAAAUACUAAAGCCUUGU